UCGCUGAUUCUAGGGCAGGACAGAGCUAGUAAUAGGAAAGCCUAUGAGUGCCGAGUGAGGUAGUCAGGAAAGGCAUCUUUAAGGAGGGGUUACUUGAGUUGGGGCAUUGAAGGUUGUAUAGGAGUUCACCAGGGCCACUCUGAUUAAAUGCAGAAUGAAUCACCAGCAAAUCAUCUCUCUGCCCCCACCAGGUGUGCCAGGGCCAGUGUCAGCCGCACCCACAGCCUCAGCCCAAUGGGACGGUGACGCUCCCGACUGCCCCUCCGCCAUGUGGACCAAUGACAGUUCUCUGGGCCCCUGUUUCCGGCCAAUGAACAUCACGCUAGAGGAGCGGCGCCUGAUCGCCUCCCCCUGGUUUGCUGCCUCCUUCUGCCUCGUGGGCCUGGCCUCCAACCUGCUGGCCCUGAGGGUGCUGGCAGGGGCCCGGCCGGGCAGCGCACAGGGGCGGUCCUCCUUCCUCACCUUCCUCUGUGGCCUGGUCCUCACCGACUUCAUGGGGCUGCUGAUCACCGGCGCCAUCGUGGUGUCGCAGCACGCCAUCCUCUUCGACUGGCACGCCGUGGACCCCAGCUGUCGCCUCUGCCGCUUUAUGGGCGUCGUCAUGGUCUUCUUCGGCCUGUGCCCGCUGCUGCUGGGGGCCGCCAUGGUCUUCAUCGCCCAGACGGUGCUGCGGAGCCCACCAGCCAUGAGCCCCACCGGGCAGCUGUCCCGAGCCACGGAAAAGCAGCUGCUCAUUUACCUGCGUGUGGCCACCUGGAACCAGAUCCUGGACCCCUGGGUGUACAUCCUGUUCCGCCGGGCCGUGAUCCGGCGCCUCCACCCCGGCCUCAGCACCCGGUCCCGGUCGCUCUCCCUGCAGCCCCAGCUCGCCCGGAGGCCCACCACGGCGUAGGGCCGGGGAGACAUCAGUGGCAGCUCCCGAAGGACAGCGGCCAUCCAGCCUCGGCCCCCCUGACAGCCACAGCUGCCCACCCUGAGGUCCAGGAGCUGGGACGCAGGAUGAGCAGAGUUUGAGUGGCAGGAUUGUGAGCUGUCUUCCGUCAGCCCUGGGGGCUCCCCAAUAUUCCCUGACCCCCCUUCCCAAGCCCGUUUUCUUCUCUCAGGCCCCUCCCAACUUCAGGCUGGGUGAGUGGGAGUGUCCGGAGGGUAUCUGGAGACAAUUCAACUUGUAAGCCUCCCCGUCCAGAAGUCCCCAGGAAAUUGGGGGUCUGACCGCUGAAUAUGACCUGUCCUGUGGGGUACAGUUGAUCCCCUUUGACACCCCAACCUGAGAAGGCUCCGCCUAGAAAAGAUUCAAUAUAAAUGGGCAGGAUGCCCCCUCUCUUGCCAAAAUGUAUCUCAGUGCCUUUAUUUCCCUU